AUGACCUCCUGCUACAUCAGCUCAUCCCACUGUCUGGGCAGCACCCAGAUGCCCGAAGCUGCAAAUGUCUGUGGCUCCUCCAUUGAUGUUGGGGUCCAGCCUGGGGCAGAGGCCAAGGCUGCAUCCCUGUGCCUGUCUGCCACCCUGGCACAUGCCAACCGAAUGCGUGUGGGGGCAACCCCUCUGGGCCGACCCAGCCUCUGUGUGCCCUACAGCUGCCAAACUGCUUGCCCCUUGCCAGGGACCCGUGACAUUCCUGGAAACAUUGGAGUGUGUUGGAACUACGGGGAAGGUGCCCCGAAUGGCCAUGAGAAGGUGACCAUGCAGUUCCUGAAUGACCGCCUGGCCAACUAUCUGGAGAAGGUGCGCCAGCUAGAGCGGGAGAACGCGGAGCUGGAGACCAAGAUCCGAGAGUCAAGCAAAUGCCAUGAGUCCACUGUGUGUCCAGACUAUCAGUCCUACUUCCGGACGAUUGAGGAGCUCCAGCAGAAGAUCCUGUGCAGCAAGGCUGAGAAUACCAGGCUGAUAAUCCAAGUUGACAAUGCCAAGCUGGCUGCUGAUGACUUCAGAAUCAACGAGCAAAUGAGGAGCUGCCAGUCGGAGAUCCUGGAGCUGAGGCGCACGGUGAAUUCCCUGGAGGUGGAGCUUCAAGCCCAGCACAGCCUGAAGGACUGCCUGCAGAACUCGCUGUGUGAGGCGGAUGAGCGCUUCGGCACCGAGCUGGCCCAGAUGCAGAUCCUGAUCAGCAAUGUGGAGGAGCAGCUGUCUGAGAUCCGGGCUGACCUGGAGCGGCAGAACCAGGAGUACCAGGUGCUGCUGGACGUCAAGGCCAGGCUGGAGUGCGAGAUCAACACGUAUAGGAAGCUUCUGGAGAGCGAGGAUUGCAAACUCCCUUGCAAUCCAUGCGCCACCUCUGCUGCCUCUGUGUCUCCCCCCUGUGCGCCUCGUCCAAGCUGUGCCCCCCGCACCACUUGUGGGCCUGGGUCAGCCUGUGGAUCCGGCACUGGGAGCCGAUUCUGAAUGCCAGUGUGCCAGCA